AUAACUGAGGUAAAUCUGAUACAGAGUGUAUGUUGAUAUGAUGUAUGUUGUUUAUAGGUGAACCCCUGAGAAUUGUGCUGAUUGGAAAGACUGGAGUGGGGAAGAGUGCUUCGGGGAACACCAUUCUGGGGAGGAAAGAGUUUCUCUCACACUCUUCUGCUAAUUCUGUCACAGACACUUGUGCCAGAAAGAGUCUGGUUAGUCCCAGAGAGAUUGAUGUGAUUGAUACACCUGGUAUUAUAGACACUGACAGAGAUGCAGAUGAUGUCAAAAAAGAGAUAGUGAAGUGCAUUCAAUACUCAAGUCCAGGGCCCCACGCAUUCCUGCUGGUGAUUCAAGUGGCCCUCUUCACUAAGGAGGAGGAGAAUGCAGUCAGGGCCUUACAGGAGCUCUUUGGGGAAAAGGCUGCGGACUACAUGAUGGUGCUGUUCACUCAUGGUGAUAAACUUAAUCAAACUAUCAAUGACUAUGUGGCCCAUGGUGGCCCCAAACUGAGGGAAGUGAUACGAAGCUGUGGUGGACGAUUCCAUGUAUUUAACAACAACAGCACUGACCGCACUCAGGUUGUUCAGUUGGUGAAGAGAAUAGAUGAGAUGGUGGCAGUAAAUGGGAGAAAUUACUUCACUGAUGAGAUGUAUGAAGAGACACAGAGGGUCAUGACAGAAAGAAAGCUAUCCUAUAGCUCACCUGAGUUGGACAGGUAUCUUUCUUUCACACCUGUCCUGUUGAUGAAGGUGGAAGUCUUUCAAAAUAUUCUUUAUGGGGACGAGACACAGAGGGACAUGAGAGAAAGAACGGGAUCCAAUGGCGACAAACCUAACAUGACUGAAGGCGAUUUGACCAAGUGA